CUAGCUGAAGGCCAUAUAUUGUAUUGUAUACGAGUCAAUAUAUAACCCUAGCAGAAGAACAAACUCACCAGAAAGGUAGAAUAGCAGCAAAUGGAAGGUAAAAAAAGCGAGUUAUAUUUUGUUUUCAUGAACUAUGAUCCUCAGUACGAACGCCUUCGAGCGGAUCGAACAAAGGGAGGAGCAAAUGAGCUAGAUUUGUACCUAAGCCGGAAGCAUGACCAGCUGUUGUCAAGAACCCUUCAGCCAGGAAGCUACAAGAAGACAUUGUCUCUCGUCAUUGUUGAUGGGUUUUCUGUGGAAAUUACUGAGGACCAGGCCAGUGUGCUUAGAUCUGCAAAAGAAGUGAGACUGGUGGAGAAAAAUCAAGAGCUUGCUUAAUGUAGCAGACAGAAGAGGCUUAGAAAGUGUGAACGGGAAAUGGGUUCCUAUGGGAACUUCCGUGGCUGCAGGUUGAUUGGGGUGUGAUUUUGGGUCAACCUAAAGAUAAUAAUUAACUAUAAUAUUUCUGGGAAAAUCUAGGAAGAUUUGUAUGAGAACUCAAUCAGUUUACGGAUGCUAGCAAUAUAAUAUCACCUAUUUAGCUGAAGUGCUUUUGGAGUUGUGAUAACUCUCUCUCUCUCUCUCUCUCUCUCUCUCUCUCUCUCUCUCUCUUUGGCAUCCUGUGAGAUAAAACCAUUCUCAUUACUGAGUUAACUAUUACACUAAAGGAGGUAUAUUAUAGUUAUCGGUUGUCUGUCAUGUAUUAUUUCUCGCUUUGGAAUAAAUCGAUCUCGUUUUCGUUGGUUUCUGGCUUAAUAUCCGUUGUGAGAGAUAAGUUUACUUACAAGAG